CACAUAUCUGUGUAUAAAGCAGAUGGGAAGUAAAACACGGUGUGCUCCAAAUAUUAUGUCCGUCAACUGUGACCAAACUGUGGGCGAAACCGAGCAUUAACUUCCUGGGUGAAAAAUAGUCCGGCUGUAUAAAGCCUCGCGGCGUCGUCACCAACAGUCUUUUCAGUUGCAUGCUGAAGUUGGAAACGGACCAUGUCUUGCGAUCCUGCUGAUUACAACAGCUCAAGAGAGAGAGACCAUGGGGGGCCAGAUUCAAUGGAGCCUGAUGGUAUCAUCGAGAGCAACUGGAAGGAGAUUACAGACAACUUUGAUGACAUGAACCUGAAAGAGGCUCUCCUCAGGGGAAUAUAUGCUUACGGUUUUGAAAAACCAUCUGCUAUUCAACAGAGGGCAAUCAUUCCCUGCAUCAAAGGCUUAGAUGUCAUUGCCCAAGCCCAGUCAGGGACUGGCAAGACGGCCACGUUUGCCAUCUCUAUCUUGCAGCAGCUGGACAUUGAGCAGAAGGACACACAGGCUCUGGUGUUGGCUCCCACUAGAGAGCUGGCUCAGCAGAUUCAGAAAGUAAUACUGGCUCUGGGUGACUACAUGGGAGCAUCCUGUCAUGCUUGCAUUGGAGGUACCAGUCUCAAUAGUGAGAUACAGAAGCUCCAGGCUGAGGCCCCUAACAUAGUGGUGGGCACGCCAGGGCGUGUGUUUGACAUGGUUAACAGGGGACAUCUGUGCCCAAAAUGGAUCAAGAUGUUUGUUCUGGAUGAAGCUGAUGAGAUGUUGAGUCGAGGGUUCAAAGACCAGAUCUAUGAGAUCUUCCAGAAACUGAGCACAAACAUUCAAGUGGUUCUGCUCUCUGCCACUAUGCCGCUGGAUGUGUUGGAGGUGACCAAGAAGUUCAUGCGCGAACCCAUUCGCAUCUUGGUGAAGAAAGAAGAGCUUACCCUCGAGGGUAUCAAGCAAUUCUACAUAAAUGUGGAGCGGGAGGAGUGGAAGCUGGACACCCUGUGUGAUCUGUAUGAGACACUCACCAUCACUCAAGCUGUCAUUUUCCUCAACACAAGGAGAAAAGUCGACUGGUUGACGGAGAAGAUGCACGGUAGAGACUUCACAGUCUCCGCAUUGCAUGGCGACAUGGACCAGAAGGAGCGUGACGUCAUUAUGAGGGAGUUCAGAUCUGGCUCAAGCAGAGUGUUGAUCACAACUGAUCUUCUGGCUCGUGGGAUUGAUGUCCAGCAGGUUUCCCUGGUCAUUAACUAUGACCUCCCUACAAACCGAGAGAACUACAUUCAUAGAAUUGGUCGUGGUGGCCGAUUUGGCAGAAAAGGAGUUGCUAUCAACUUCGUCACUGAGGAAGACAAGAGGAUUCUUCGGGACAUCGAGACAUUUUACAAUACAACUGUGGAGGAAAUGCCAAUGAAUGUGGCCGACCUGAUUUGAGCCCCACGAUCUUUCGUUUUGUUUUUGGGUUUUUUAACGGUGAUAGCGGUCGUUCUACUUGCAUUGUGCUUAUAUUGUUCCGGGGGAAAACUUCUCGAUGCUAAACCUUGGAUCAGAAUUUUGGUAUGUGUUAAAAACAAGGUGACUUCUAUGGUGGUCCCUCUCUGACAGUUGUAGAUUCUAACCUUGACAGAUGGCUGGUUGGAGCUACAAAGCCAUGGGGUCUGAAAACUAUUUCUUUCCUUGUUCAUUUAAGAUGUGUGUAUUUGAUGUUCUCCAUCAUUUAGUAACUUACUUGUGGACUAAAAGGUAUAAGUGCUGUAUUAAGUCUGCAAAUUAUGUUAUGCUAACAUAUAUGCGGUGUAUUGUGGGCCUGCUUAGACAGAGGCAUUUGUUGAGUGUAGAUUCACUUGCUUUUUGGUAUCUUUUGUGAAUGUGAUUUUAAUGUUUCUUUUAUUCCAUUCAUUAUUCAGAAUUCUCACUGGUUGGCCCUGUUUUGCUGAUGUGAUUUUACCCAUACCAGAGUAUAUUGCUACCCCCCCCCCCAUUACUUUCAGAUUUCCUUCUCCCUAGAAUUGUAUGAAUGUCUUAAUAAACUGAAGUUACUGUAAGUAAA